AUGGCGUCGCCUCUCGACCUUUCCGAGUCGAGCUUUGGCUCCGACAACGCCCGCCGCCCGUUGCCCUCUUCCCUCAGGCCAGCACCGCUCACGAUCCCUCCACGCAAUCCCGCUCGAGCCACUGCUAGCCCGCCAGGCCCUGAACAUGCAGAAGCCGCAACGGCCAAAGGCGGCGUAACUGCCCCCAGCGCUGGUCUGGCCCCAAAACGGCGUUCCGUUGCCUCUCGCCUCGGCUCCAUCAUCUCAAAGUUUGAGAUGCUCGAUGCCGUGAGCACGGCCGACGCAGCAUCGGCACAGUCCAGUUUUCUUCCCGGUACGGCAUAUCCUAGGGAGAACCGACAUGUCCCACCGGCUGCUGGCCGGAUGGCAGGCGCCAGUCGGCACUCGAUCGAGCUCUCUCCUUAUCGAGUUAACCGUCCAAGUCAGCGACUUCGUUCAUCCGCUGGUCAAAGCUCUGCGAUGUUGAUCAGCCCAGGCAGCUAG